AUGAUUAUGACGAUUUCUAUUUAUUUAAUGGUAACUCGUUACAGUUUUCAGACUAUUUAAAUUAACCGAGUAUUGGUUAUUGUAACUUUAGAUUGUCAUUUUGUAAUUAAUAUUCUUGUUGCAAUUAAUCAUAUAGAUAAUUAUUUUUUUGCUAAGGUAUUUACAAAACAAAAUUAUUAUCAUAAUUUUCUUCAAAUGACUAAUUAGCCUAAUCAACUUUUAUAGGUUAUUAUUAGUGAUUACUAGUAAAUUUUCUUUAAUUUUAAAAUUAACUUUGCUAAGAUUAGUUUGUGUUAGAAACAACUAGCUAUUAUUAUAAAUUGA